CCUUGUUCGUGCAACAUUUCCUCCACAACCACCUUAAUUAAUCAAACACAACACAAAACACGCAGAAUGAAAAUGAAAAGGCAAGAAAGAAAAUCUCCAGUUGCAGCUAUGAGUCUGAGUCUACUUUGCUCAAUUCAUUUCCCAGCGAUCCUUGUAUUGUUCGUGGUACUGCUGCAUGUAAAAACACUUGCUGUUUUUGGUGAUAGUACUGGCACCCCUAGUUAUGUUGGUGGGAAUGAAACAGAUCAUCAAGCUUUGUUGGCGUUCAAGAGGAAGAUAACGCAUGACCCUAGAAACGCUUUCAGCUCAUGGAAUGAUUCCUACCAUUUCUGCGAGUGGGAAGGUGUGACAUGCGGCCGCAAGCAUAGAAGAGUCACAAUAUUAGAUCUUCAGACCAAAGGUUUGGUGGGUUCCUUGUCUCCAUACAUAGGCAACCUCAGCUUCAUUAGGGAAAUCUUGCUCGCAAACAACACCAUUGGAGGCAAAAUCCCUGAUGAAGUUGGUCGUCUAUUCAGGUUGCAGGUAUUGUGGUUGUCUAACAAUUCCUUAGAAGGAGAAAUUCCUGCAAACCUUUCCCAUUGCUCCAAUCUGAAGAUUCUUAGAGUCGGUAUCAAUAAUCUUUUCGGGUCAAUCCCAGCGGAGCUUGCUUCUUUGUCAAAGUUGGAGGUUCUUAUAUUUGGCAAUAACAAUCUCACGGGACGAAUCCCACCUUUCAUUGGGAAUCUUAGCUCUCUACAACUUUUUUCUGUAGCAAAAAAUGUUUUGGGAGGAGAUAUUCCAGAUGCAUUUGGUCAGUUAAGAAGCUUGAAUUAUCUUGGACUGGGGGAAAAUAAACUCUCUGGUUUGGUCCCUUUAUCUUUAUAUAAUCUUUCAUCUAUUGUUGUUUUUUCAAUGCCUACUAAUGAGCUUAGUGGAAGUCUUCCUACUGAAUUAUUCCUCAACCUUCCUCUUCUUCAGUGGUUUCAAAUUUAUGAUAACCAAUUUACCGGAUCUCUUCCGAUCUCUUUAUCUAACGCUUCAGAGCUAAAAUUCUUUGAAGUUGAUAGGAACAAUUUUACUGGAAAACUAUUAGUCAAUUUUGGAGGCUUACAACGUUUGGAUUUGUUAUCUAUUUCUACUAAUAAUUUAGGAAGUGGAGAUGACGAUGAAAUGAAUUUCUUUCCAUCUUUAGCCAAUUGUAGCAAUUUGCAGAAAUUGAAUCUGAAGGAGAAUCAAUUCGAAGGUAUGUUGCCUAAUGUUUUUGGCAAUCAUUCAACCCAGCUUACCAUUUUUGCAAUUGGCAAAAAUCUUAUUUUUGGAGAGAUCCCUUCAUGGAUGGGUAAUCUAGUCAACUUGACCUACUUAUUGAUGCAUGGUAACAAAUUUACAGGGACAAUCCCAAGUGGUAUUGGUAAUCUUCAAAAGUUACAACGAUUUUCCUUGAGUAACAAUAGACUCUCAGGAAGGUUGCCAAUUACCCUGGGAAACCUAUCAUUGAUAAAUGAACUGCAUCUAGAUAAUAAUAGAUUGGAAGGAACUAUCCCAUCAAGUAUAGAAAAUUGCCAAAAUUUGUUGUUGUUAAAUCUAUCUCAAAACAAGCUCAAUGGAACCAUUCCAAAGCAAAUCUUUGCAAUUUCUUCGCUGUCCAUUUCAAUUAAUUUAGCUGGAAACUCUUUAACUGGAUCACUACCAUCAGAGGUCCAAAAUCUUGUCCAUUUAAUGGAAUUGGACAUAUCUGACAACAAGUUGUCUGGUAAAAUUCCAAGCAGCCUAGGCUCUUGCACAAGCCUUGAGUUCCUUUUCAUGAAGCGUAAUUUCUUUCAAGGAGAAAUUCCAACAUCCUUGAGUUCUUUGAGAGGUAUUCAAGUUAUGGAUCUUUCUCAAAACAACUUGUCUAGUCAAAUUCCCACUUUCUUGGAGAAACUCUCCUUGAAGAAUUUGAAUUUGUCCUUCAAUGAUUUUCAAGGAGAGGUUCCAACAAAAGGAGUUUUCGCAAAUUCUAGUGCAAUAUCACUCAUUGGAAAUAGUAGGCUAUGUGGGGGCAUAUUAGAAUUAAUGUUUCUGAAGUGCUUAACAAAAGAAGAGAAGAAAACAAAGUGGCCUCUUGCAAUCAAAGUGGUAAUCUCAAUGGCAUGUGUGAUUCUAAUAGUAACCAUAGUGUCAUUUUUCUUAUUUUAUCGGCACAAAAAUCAAAGAAAAGAUAAUCCUUCAGAAUCUUCUUUGAGGCAAUCACUUUUGAAAGUGUCUUACCAAAUGCUCCUUAAAGCAACUGAUGGAUUUUCAUCAACAAAUUUGAUUGGUGUGGGUGGUUUUGGCUCAGUGUAUAAAGGCAUCCUUGGUGAGGAUGAAUCAAUUGUUGCAGUCAAGGUACUAAACAUUCAACAUCGAGGAGCUUCUAAGAGCUUUAUCUCCGAGUGUGAAGCCUUGAAAAAUAUUCGUCAUCGGAAUCUUGUGAAAAUCAUUAAUUCCUGCUCAAGUGUGGAUUUUCAUGGCAAUGAUUUUAAGGCUUUUGUUUAUGAGUUCAUGCCGAAUGGAAGUUUAGAAAAUUGGUUGCAUAUGGAUUUGGAAACAAAUACCAGGCAAGUAGAUAUACCAAAUUUGAACCUUGUUCAAAGAAUAAGCAUUGCCAUUGAUGUUGCCUGUGCACUCGAUUACCUACAUCACCGUUGCCCAAUGCCAAUUGUUCAUUGUGAUCUAAAGCCAAGUAAUAUUCUUUUUGAUUGUGAUAUGAUUGCUCAUAUUGGAGAUUUUGGGCUUGCAAAAUUUCUUUUAGAACUUACAAAUCCGAAACAAAGCGACUCAAUUGGAAUAAGGGGAACAAUUGGGUACACUCCUCCAGAGUACGGUGUAGGAUGUGAUGUGUCAACAAAAGGAGAUGUCUACAGCUAUGGAAUCUUAUUAUUGGAGAUGAUAACAGGAAAGAGACCCACAAAUCCUAUGUUUGAGGGAGGCUCUAACCUUCACAACUAUGCUAGCAUGGCAUUGCCUAAUCGUGUAAUGGAGAUUUCAGACCCAAAACUUUUAAACAAUGAUGAUGAAGUGAUUCAAAAAGACAAUUGUGGAGAUACAGACAGAACAAAGGAGUGUUUAAUAUCCAUGGUCAAGAUUGGCGUGUCAUGCUCUAUGGAGUUGCCACAAGAACGAUGGGACAUUAUCAAGGCCUUGUCUGAGCUGUAUUUGGUCAGAGACAUUCUUCAUGGCGCUAGGAUUUAGCACUACGUUCUUGAAUAUUUAGAAGGCUCAUAAAGUUUUACAAUGGAUGGAAAGACAUGUUUGGCAUUCUAGAUAAACAUGCUUAUAUAUUAUCGAGGAGUAUUCUACAUGGUUCUUAUACCCAGUCUUAUAUCUGUAUUUUAUUUGCGUUUGAGUAAAUCAAAAUAAUUUCC